GGCUCAAGUUAGUUCUUUCUUAGCAGUGAAUCUAUCAGUGUCUUGGUCCGCAUACGAGGAUCAGGAUCUGUUACCGAGAGUGUGCGUGUGUAUUUACAAAGUAAAGGCUUUCUUGAAGAGAAGCAGUUUACUACACAAGGAAACCUCUUCGACUUCGACUCAAAGGGAAUCAUGUUUCGAUUUAUAUUGCUAUCAACGUUGCUUGUAGCAGCGACUGCCCAAUACCAAGGUGGUUACAAUCGGGAUCCGAAAACUGCUGCUAUCCUGAGUGAACAGCGCUAUCUUUCCGGAGAUGGCAAAUUUGGCGCUGCAUACGACCAGGAAGAUGGAACUAACUUCAAAGAAGAGACGGAUGCCGAUGGUAAUCGUCGUGGAUCCUACAGCUACGUUGACCCAUCUGGACAAAGAAGAACUGUCUCCUACGUCGCUGGCAAAAAUGGCUUUCAAGCUUCUGGAGACCACCUUCCAGUAGCUCCUGCUGCUCCAGCUCAUGCUGCACCUCAGCCACAGUACCAACCGCAAGCUCAAUAUCAGCCUCAGCCAGCACCACAGUACCAGCCACAGCCACAGUAUCAGCCGCAGUUCAGCAGCGGUGGACGCAGCUAUGAUAACCAAGGUUAUGACGAUGGUCAAUACGAUCCACGCUGGAACGAUCCAUCGUUCAGCGAACAACACUCACGUCAAGCUCCGGCUCCAGCCCCGGCACCGGCACCAGCUCCCGUUUCUAACUAUCGUCCUGCUCCGGCACCAGUAGCUCCUGCUCCACAAUACAGUCACUAUAAUCAUGCUCAGGUUGGUCAACAGCCACACCAGGAAUGGACUACUCAGGCACCUCAUCGAUUCCAGCCGCCUGGCAAACUGCAGCUGAACAGAACUCCUGACGGUUUUAGUUACUCUUUUAACAAAGUUUAAGUAACCUAUACUGAAAGCAAGUCAAAGAGAGAAACAGAAAGAUAGUGAUCGAGUGUGUGAGAUAGAGAUAGAAUUUGUGAAACUUUAAUGCCUCAAAGGAUUUCCUUCUCCUUCAUUACCAUAGAUCCUAUGGAAUUUUCCAUCCCUUCUAAUUUGCACGUGUUCUGUUCACUGUUCGUUUUAGUAGUCGAGUAAGAGUUACUGCCUGUUGUGAUAUGAGUACGUAGGAGAGACCCAGUGGUCAAAUAUUGGCCACAAUAUUCAAGUUAGAUAUUAUUUAAAUAUCCCUCGUCCCAUUUCCAAUCACGACACCAUUCAAUAUUAAAAUCACUUCUAUUUGAAUAAUUCGGUCGAAAAUAAGAAGAAUUAAAGAAUAUGAUAAUGAUACAAAAAA